AUGCCGGGCACUUGCGAGGUCUGCGUGUCGGAGCCUUUCAAGUAUCGAUGCCCGACUUGCGGGCUGAUGAGUUGCUCCCUCGCAUGCACUCAAUCACACAAGAUCUAUUGCGCCCCGAAGGCACUGCCGCCGAAACCGUCGGAAGACCAAGAACCCUCAGCUGCAGCCAAUGGAGACCGCCCCGAGGCUGAAAUGCCUCAGACGGAGACUGGUCUCGAUAUCAAGUCCUUAGGCACCUCCAGUCAGCUCAAGGAGCUCCUCGAUCGCUUUCCUUCUCUGCAGGAUCAGCUGCAGGACAUCUACCAGGCUACUUUGGAGGAGGAAUGGCAAGAGAAUCAACCGUACGUCGGUCGGCACCGGGGCUUUGGGAAAGGUAGAGCGACGCAUCGUCAUCGCGGGCCGUGGACGCGUGAGAAAGGGUUCAACCGGGGAGUGGGCAAGGUCAGAAAGCUUCGGGAACGAUGUGAGGAGGGGGAUGAAGUAGGCCAGAAAGCAGAAGGCUAUAUGCGCUUCAUGGCCUUGAUCACGGGGAAUCAGCUACCUGAGGCUGCAUGAGAAUGUGCCUGUCUGGUUUUGUUGGUGCGUCUUGCAACGAGAGGCAAGGUGGCAAACUACGCUUCCCACCGGAAAGGUGCCAAGACUGCACGCAGUGCAGGUUUGAGCUUGGCCAGCCGACCAGCUCGAUGCUGCUUCACCCAGCAGCCAGCCGCCUUGCUUCUCACCCUCGGGGACACGUGUGGGCAAACUCGCUGGAGAAGGCGGUGCUGUCCGACGAGUCACGACAGCAAUCCCAUCGCAAAAGCUGCGUGUAUAUAGGUAAACAGUAUAGCCUCACUCAAAGGCCACCGCAAAGCAAUCGAAUUUCAAAACACUAGCCAGGAUGACCAAAAUGAGGAGAUACCACGUGUACUGUCGCGUAGAGCUGACUCGGGAUGGAGCUAC